CAGUGUAUGUGGGUCGAUAAUCUGGAGUAUAGUUUAGUCCGUAGUGUGUGAGUUAUGUAUGUGUGAGUACAGUAUCUUUGCAGUGUGGUGAUUGUGCAGUGUGUCUACAUACUGGUUAUCUCUCUGUGAUUUCUGGUCAGUGUGCCUGCAGCAAUAUUUGUGCAUAGAUUUUCUUUGUACAGCUCUCUGAUUGUGUGAUUGUGUAUGAUUGUGUGUAUUUGUACCCGUAUGUAGCCCUGUGCUCCAUAUAUGUGUACUGUUUCUUUUUUUAUGUGCUUUAUACUUGUGUGUACUUGCGUGUACGUUAUAACUCAUUGCACUGUACACACAAUAAUGGUGUUCUUGAUUGUAUCCCUUUUUCUCCUGUGUCUUCUGCUGCUAUGUUUAUAUCUGUGGUUUUAUUAUGGAUGGGGGAGUUUGUUUAGGGAAGACUGUGUGAAGCCCCCGAGACCUCUAGUUACUGACAAGAGAGCUAGACACAAAGUACUUAAACAAGGAUUCUCCCAGGACCGAAUCCCUCCUAACCUGGAUGCAUUGGUUAUUGGCAGUGGAGUGGGUGGGCUAUCGGCAGCUGCUGUGCUUGCAAAGGCAGGCAAAAAAGUUCUAGUCUUAGAACAGCAUGACCAAGCAGGAGGGAGCUGUCACACUUUUCAAGAACAUGGAUACGAGUUUGACGUGGGUCUUCACUAUGUGGGUCAGAUGCAUGAAGGAGGAAUGUUGCGUGUUAUCAUGGACCAGUUAACAGAAGGACAACUUCAGUGGAACCGUUUGGGAAACCAAUAUGACUCUGUCAUAGUGGGACACAGGGUGUACCGGCUGUAUGCAGGAAAAACAGAAUUUCCAGAUGCCCUGAAGAAGCAGUUCCCAGGAGAAGAGGAAGCCAUUGACAAAUUUACAGCUUUGAUGAAAAAGGUUGCUCGUCAUGUGCCGCUGCUGGCUAUACUAAAGAUAAUCCCUCAGUGGUUGGCGCUGCUUCUCCUGCGGUCUGGUCUGCUGUACAGAGUGUCUUCCAUAUUCCAGCUAGCAGAGUCCAGUCACCAGGAUGUUGUGGAAACCCUGACCAGCAAUAAAGAGCUACAGACUGUCUUCAGCUAUCUAUUCUACGGUGUCCCUCCCAAUGAUUCCAGCUUCAUGAUCAAUGCCCUUCUCCUCCAUCACUACAAAAGAGGGGCUUGGUACCCUCGUGGAGGGAGCAGCGAAAUUGCCUUUCAUAUGAUUCCCGUUAUUGAGCGAGCUGGAGGAAGAGUACUUGUGCGGGCCCCUGUUACACGGAUCCUGCUGAGCAAUGGUAGAGCCACAGGGGUGGCUGUACAGAAAAAAGAUACAGAGGUAUGUAUUUAUGCUCCAGUGGUCAUAUCGGACGCUGGUAUCUUCAAUACCUAUAAGCGACUUCUGCCUCCAGACAUUAGAACGGCCCCAGAAGUGGAGUCUCUCCUGUCCAGCUUGCAGUAUGGGAUGGGAUGCUUUUUAGUCUUUGUUGGUCUACGAGGGACAAGUGAUGAAUUGGGACUUAAAUCCACCAAUCUCUGGAUCUACCAGAAGAGUGAUCUCAAUAACCUGAUGGAGAAAUACUUCUCUUUAGCAUGGGAAGAAGUAUGUGAGCACCUACCACUAAUGUUUAUCACUUUCCCAUCUGCUAAGGAUCCCACUUACAGUCAGAGGCACCCAGGCAACUCCUGUAUGACUCUGCUGACAAUGGCUCCCUAUGACUGGUUCUGCCAGUGGAGUGGCCAGCAGCCACGGCACCGUGGUGAGGAAUACCACAGCAUGAAGAUGAAAUUGGCAGAAUGUAUGGUUAAAAGAGCCAUACAGGAAUUUCCACAACUUGAAGGCAAAAUUGAAUACAUGGAAGCUGCCACACCAGUGAGUAAUGAGUAUUACCUACGGGCACCACAAGGAUCCAUGUAUGGAGCUGAACAGAACUGCAGCAGAUAUCAGUGUGAGAUUAUCAGCAGGAUGAGGUCACAGACUGCAGUCCCUGGGUUAUACCUGACAGGACAGGAUGUGUUCAGUAGUGGUAUAGCAGGAGCUGUACAUGGAGGAUUGCUGUGUGCUUCAGCUGUUCUUAAUAAAAUCUUAUAUGUGGACUUACUGAUGCUGAAAAUGAGGCUCAAACAACGGAUGCGCAAGAGAUACUGAUAGAUGAAUCAAUAGCAUCUAUUCACCAAGUCUUUUCCUUAUAAGGGUUCAAGCACCUCCAAAUUAUAUCCUUUUGGUCUACAUUGAUGAUCCAUACAUGAACUCAAAACUAUAUAUAUUACUUUAUGUGCAUACAGUAUGUAUUACUAUAUGUAUGGGAAAUGCUUCAAAGGAAAUGACACUAUGCAAAGAGAUGCGCCAAGCAAAGGAGAAUAGACUUUAUGCUGGAACCCUGUAUUUUCCAUAAAGUCACACAGAACACCUGGCUGAUAUAUUCUACCAUUAGAGGGGGAAGGGAACAGCGAAGUUGGUGUCGGCAAUGGACAGUUGACCAUACUAUCUGACUAUACUGUUGACCAUACUAUGGACCACAUUUAGCUCUAUAAUUGGAACUGUAUGUUCCUAAGAAAUAGUUUGGCAAUAUUUGGAUAUACUGUAUCAUUUAUAUGAAAUAUAAAAUGUAAAACAUUUAAUUACCAAAUAAACCAGAAUUACAAUGGUCUGAAAUUGUCAAUAAUUGUUAU